AUGUAUCGAGAAUCGGGAAAAAGAAGCGGAGAAAUAACCAAAUCCGACAUCGAUCCCUACCAGAUGCAUGUAAGAUUUUCUCAUGAGAUCGUCCAACUUGCGUGUGCUUCUCGCGUAUUCCUGAUAUGCUUUGGAGUUCACUAUUGGUAUCUUGGACACUGUAUAAGUUACGCGGUUGUAGGGUUUGCCUUACUUGGCGUAGCCGUGACUUGCCACCUCUCAGUUACAAAUCCUUUAGCAGCAAGAAGAGAUGCCUUACAAAUCACUGUGAUUCGCCACAAUUCUUCAAGUUCAUCAGAAGGUUGUGGUUCAAUUGUGAAACGUAGUAGUAAUGCAUAA